AUGGGAUCUCUGCCCCCAGGUACGCUAGCAACCACCGGCGUGCGACCUCUGCCUUCUGAUCACGCAUCAUCGGUAAGUCACUAACCUGUCCUGAAAUUUGCUUCCAGUGACCCCUGUUUUUUAACUUAUCGACCACAGUUAAUUUCAGGUUGUCCAGUGCCCGAUUAUGGCUAUUCUGCACGAACUCUUUUUCCGACUUUGUUUUGUUCUCAGGCAGAAAAGUGUUUUGACGCCUUUGCAAGUAAUUUCUCUGGAUGAAUUUGCAUGCUUGCACUCAAAAAGUAGAUAUUUUGGCUUGGAUUUCUUCAUGCUCACUUCGUCCUCCGCAAUCCGACUUUUGAGGUCGUCUACUCUGGGCCAUGAGUUCAGCGCCGUAUACUUCUAGACCCUGAUAACUUUAAAUGGUUUGUCGCAAAAAGUACAUCCUUUAGUUUGUAGUUCAACCCAUUGUUGUCAUGAAACUCGCUCACGAUUCCCCUCAAAAUAGUCUACAUCUUAACUGCAAUAUUUUGACAUUUCCGGUCAUAUUGUUUUCCUACACCCUUGCCUGUUCCAUUGACACACAAGGUCAGGACGACUAGAGAUGGGUGUGGUCGCAGCCACGGUUUCGACUGAAGCCACACCCACCCGUGCCCCACCCAUUAGCGCCCACACGUACAUAAACCAGACCAAGUAAACUUCACGUGAAAUGUAGGUGAGAGAGAUCAUGAAGACCACAUAAAGACGGAACCAUCGCAACCCGUCUGUCAGUCCGAAGGAUGGCGAGUCAUCUCAUCAGUUGACUAUCUUCCGAUCCACGACUUUCAGCGCGCAGUGGUAGUUUAGUGCACUACAGCGAGAAGAUUAAAUUUUAAACAUCGAUCGGUCUUGCCCUUCCAUCUCGCAUCAUCUGUAAGUGACAAGGCGGAAUUAAGACGGACGGGGAUAAUGAGAGAUUACGCAGUGACUGGCCUGAUGUAAAUACUCUUCUAACAUGUAGCACACCGUGGUUCGACUGUAGUAGGCGACGAGUUCCACCGUUUCAUGAGGUGGGCGCAGCUGUGACAUAAGCACUAAUUGGUUUAUCCUAAAUUAGGAUUGUCUUGUAUCUGCCUCAGUCUCUCUUCCGAUACUGUCUUCCGACGUCAAGAGGAAGUCAGGGUGAAUGGAUCUGGGCUUGAAAGCCAUAGCUAACAGACGUAACGGCCCAUUUAGGCGUGCUUCACGUGACGUAGUCCCUAACUUCACGUGUACCAGGUCUCCUUCGAUGGAAUCGAGGUUUCAGAUCCUACCUGAGUAAGUGCGUUACAAUCCAAUUUUGGAUGGUGCCAAUGCUGUCCGAGUCCCAGUUAUAAGUAAACUAGUUUUCCCUCCAAAUGUUUCUCCCGCCUGCAAUUCAAAGCUGGUUUAGAAGGUUUUUAGUACUCGAAGUACAGCGCAGUGUGAUGUCUUAACUCUACUGGUGGUCGGUCCUGUAGGUCAGGCACAUUUUCUUCUUCAGGUAAAAAUUAUGUCCAAGACUGUUGCUCUUCCCUAACCCGUGUUCUAAAGUGAAGUUCUGGCAGAGAAUUUUGUCUACUACCCAUUGUAGUAAUCUGUGAUUAAAAUUAUCUCACAGACCAUGGGCGGUCUACGUUCGCCAGUCAAUACCAGAAGCUUCAAAAUCCCCAGCACUUAGUACCUCUUUUUUCUUACUGACUGUUCACUUCAGAUAUGAAAAUGAGAUCGUGGUCAUGGUAGGGAGUGCACUGCUGAUUUGUCGUUGGCGAGGGUACUUCGUUAUGAGCUUCUCCCCUCCCACACAUUAAUGGCCCGUCCGAACCUUUCGACCUGGUGAUAAGUUUGGGCACAAUGUCUGACGCGUUGUAGAGUCUCCAGCUACUGCGUGUGAAGUGAGCUAACGCAAAUGGGCACAAUCACUCCUCAUUGCUAACGUUGUUGAGUAUUACUGUAGGGUUGGUGAAUAGGCGAUGAAAGGUCUUUGUGUGCGCGCAUUUGACCGCAAACGUCCACCCAGUGACUGUAGGAAGACGGUGUGAGCUUUAGUGCUAGAUUGUAUGUUAGUUAUCACUGUCUUGCAUGCACAUUUGACAGGACGUGUGGGUGCGGUUUGGGAAAGGAGGGUGUUAGUGACGACUGUUUUCUGUAGCUCAAGAAACUGGCCUUCCAGUCUCGCUACAAUAUGCAUAUUCGCAGGUCGCCAAUCAGAUCGAUGUGUGGUUGGAUUAUACGAUUUCAACAUAAACCAGUUCACAAAACUUCUUCAUUGCUUAUGGUGAUGGCGAUUAUCGUCUAAGUCCUGACAGCGUUCCUGUCAAGGGAACAGGGCAAGCUAAGACUAUAAUAUAGUGAGGAAAGGUGAAAGGGCUGUCCUCAAUAGUAGUGUUUGUUGGUGCAGGGGGUGAGUUUACAAUGUUAACACUGCAAUGAGUCCAAGGGAGCCCAGCAAGGCCAAUCCAGACCUCGAACGCGCUUUGGCAAGGGGGAUGUAGAAGGGAAUACCAAAAAACAAGGGAGACUGGGCUGGCCAAUUCUAACUUAUUAGUAAUCGUCAGCCUGCCGUAUCUAACUAAAUCUUUGCCUUGACAGAGGUUGACGGCGCUGGUUCUCGAUAUUCGAGUUUUUCGUGUCCAUCGUUUUGCCGAUAUCGGCAUCGGUUUUGCUGGCCGUUCGGCAUGCCUGCCGGUCCUGUGAAAACACCAGCAAGGUCUUUUGAUUUAUUAGAAAACGGCUUAUAGAUGUCCUCAAUAUGUCCUUCUAUCAUCGGCUUUUCCAAUCUGUCUACAAGCACCCAUAGCCACACCUCCAUAAAAGAGUGAGCUUGACAUGCCCUCGUAAGUCAUCCUCACUGUACGGCAACUGUGUCGCGGCUGGAUGUGAUUCAGCACGGCAUACAAUUUCACCAUGCCAGUCGACGCUAGCACCUGUUUGUUCAGAAUCCACUCCUGCUAUCUCACUGUUAGUAACUUUCGAAUACAGUUUAUGUGAAAGCGGUUCUACCUUCACGCUUGACUUUGGCAAAUUAUGCUCAUCCUCACUGUAUAGACGUUGUAUAGAUGGCAGCCCUGGACACCCAGAGUUUGUUUCUGAGUAGGAUGUCACGGCGAUUCGGGGAUAAGUGUUGAAGUCUGAUAAAAGCCUAGCUGGUUUUACAAAUCUGGGCUGCAACACCGUCGUAUGUUGUGAUGAGCGAUAAGAUGGUACUGUCCAGGUAAAAUGAGUUGCAUGUUGCUGCGAGACAGCUAGUGUUGACAGUUGCCGUGGGUUCGGCCUAUUCAAAAUUUGGCACCGAUUAAUGCACGAUAACAGUUUUCAUUAUUUUGCCGGUUAGUUCAAAGUUAGCGCAUCCGGAGCCGGAUAGGUUGAGACUUCGCUGCAUGUAAGCCGUUUGUGGUGUUCAGUGAGCUGUUGUAGCGGUGGUCAUGUAACCUGAUCUUGGAGGUUCUUGUGAUGGCCUAUGUGCGGCGGACGUCGAGUGUCUUACCGUAGGUUCGAUGCUCGGUCGAUUUAUUUGCAGGAGUCCGUCUGUGUUUCGGAGAUGAGACUGAAGAUGGCCACACGAAAAUGUAGCAUUGUUUCAGCCAGUUUCUCGCCGCGGACCCCCUAUGGAUGCGUUGUCCUCCAUACAUCAUCAUGCCAUCAUGAAGCUGUCUGACCAUUUUCGUGGACUAUUCUGAAUUUCUUCAUUACGUUCCAGAGAUCAUCUAAUUUUGCAGUGUCCGAGGCCUUGGCGAGACUUUGUAACGGCCGCACUAGAAGAGGGUGUAACCUACGCUGAUCGCAAUUAGCUCCUCCUCUCCGGAAAAAUGGAUCUUGCUGGCCGUGGCGAUGUCCUCAUUAAAAUGAACCAGUUUUAGUGUCACCGAAGCUGUUGUACUCUCUUCUCGCUUAGGCACUAGAUUAUCUAAGAGGACACGAUCAUUCCAGGUUGUCAGACCGGGCGAGGUGAAGGCGAUAGGAAGGCAGAGACAGGGACCGUUGUUCCGUAUGGUGUCUCGACCAUCUGGCUUCCACUGUGUACAGUCAGUUCGCAGACUGUGGGCCUACAGGCAUUUCUCUUGGGUACGUUUUACAGUCCUUUCCUUGUAUGGGGUAAGUAGUGCUUCCUUGAUUAGGACCUGUUUGGCAUCCCAGCCGUCUGCCAAUUUGCACCGAGUAACGAAUCCGGUUUGGCGUGAAAACGACCGGAACUGUUGUCCCUCUAUCGAGAGGUCUUUGCGAGGUGGAGGUACGGUGAGCGGGAGUACGGAAGUUGCAGUGGGCUGGCCCUACGGUCUCUGUCAGUGCGUACCGUCACGCAGCUAGUUCAUUUUCGCUAACUUGACCAAGCUUCACACGACUUCAUGGAGUCACAUAAGACCGGGGUAUAAAUUGUGGAACGAGCGGGACAACCAUUACCUGCACCAGGACACAUGGAAUUACUUUUUCAUCCUUCCUAGAUGCACUACCUACCUGUGCACCCCCAUGUACUCCGCGAGGGCAGGUAGGAUGAGUCGCGCAUCACCUUACAGAUUUCAAAAAAGUGUCUGGGGAUGCCGUGGAUUUCUGGGCGGAAGUAGUUACUGGACUCCACGAGGAUGACCCGUCCGAGAGUGAGCAGAUCCAUCAUCAGUAAUCCUGAGAAGGCGAUACAACUGCAUUGUAAUGAGUUCAGGCAGAGUUCAGGCCUCCAAAAGUGUUCCACUAUUUAUGAUUUCAUGAUUUGAAUGGGGCCAGUUACUGAUGGAAUUAGUGCCUAUUCAGUGUGCAAUGUUUAAAUACUGCUUAUUUGAACUAAUUAACGGUUAUUUCGUGAGGAUGCAGACUAUGGAGUUAUCUGACUGCAUGAGUUUCUUAUUGUUCUAGUUUGCGUUGAAGGAUAAAAGAAAUAGUUUCAACGUACAACGCUAUGUUCUUCCCUUCUGAGAACUUCGCGACUGCGGGCUUUAGUCUAACUAGGUACACCGUAUGGUUGGGUCUUAGGGCUUACUGAAGCAGACUGAACAAUGGCGCUGCAUGUUGAGCGAUAUUUGAGUAUUUGUGCACCUUAGAAGCGAGAUGGUUUCUCGUACGAAAGUUAUUCGGUGACACACCUGAGGAGUGUUUCCUUCCUACUACUACCUAUGUUCCUUCGACAGUCUACCUGCCCGAAUUCAGAUCUGACGCCGUCUAGCUGUAUUUGAACGGUGUACCUUAUGAUAGAUCGGGACGAACCGGCUACCCACAGUUCUGAGCGCGUCCUUUUUUAUAAGCAUUGCCUUAACGGUUUUAUAUUUCGCGUGGAAAGCCCCUUGCUGACGGUAGGAGAGGAUAUCCGGUUGUGAGUACAAUUCACUUUGGCCUUUUUCUUCUGCUCACAGCUACUGGUUGCAAGUUCCGAUUUCCAUCCUCAACAUCAGCGUAACUGGCCUGUGCUAACGCAGGCGCUUCAGCAGAUCUACCGGUUCACUCUGGGUGGAAUAGCUGGAGCCACCGGAGGCACAGCUGUCUAUCCGAUCGACCUGGUCAAAACGCGCAUGCAAAACCAGCGGACAGCAGCGUUCAAGCCCGGGGAAACUGCAGUUUAUCGCAACAGUCUAGACUGUUUCCAAAAAGUCCUCAGGUAAUACCUUCUGUCCAGGCAAAAUUCCAGUUGGACGAUAGUUCUCUUGUGUUUUUCGAUUGUGACGAACAGUUUGCUCAAAGAACGACUUGCAAGAAUGUAUAACUUCGUUUCAACGAUUGUCUGCAGCUAGGACUUCAGGUUCGGCGACCAAGCGGACUUAGGUUCAAACGCUUGAUUGUGCUGACAUGGGAUCGCUGUGUGACUGGCUGCGUAGACAUAAAAGCCAUACGUUACUGUUUCAUUCCCCCUUGGCUCUGUUGGUAAUUCAUCACCAUUAACUGCGACAAUUCGUCUGUCGCAAAUGACGAUAACUACCGAGGGCCACGGAAAAGAUACAGGCGGAUUGCGAAGCGCCUAUCUAACUACAACAAUGGAUUCAGAUCGCAGGUGCUUUUUAUAUCAUGCAAGCGUUUGAUGACUUUCACAGGACAAGGUGCGCGCAUGUGUCAUCCUUCUGUUAACUGACACCGUAAUAGUGGACUUGCGCAGCAUCAGCCGCAUUCUCACCUCCCCACUACCCACCUGGUGUCAAGACAGAGUCAAGAAGACCGGAGGCGGGGGGAGGGCGCAGGUGGAUGGCGCGGUCGGGCCCGCACCUUGGCGUUUCACUCCACACCCUCUGGUCCACACAACAAAUAGCCAGGUUUUUGACCAACAACCACAGCAACAACCAUAACACUCCAAUCGGGGCCAGAAGGACUAUAAUGACUAGUAAGGGCACACUGAUACCUUCAAUAACGUGCCGUUGAAUCAUGCAAAAUCAUGGGAUACCAUGGCGGUCUGGCAGAAGAAUGGUAGUUCGGGACAUGAGGGAAUAGUGCCACAGUUUCUACUCGAUAGUCACACAUUCAAGACUUGGGUUACCCGUUGUGGUUGCUUGCGAGUGCACUCCAAUUCUGACACCACGACGACAACGGAGAGGGGUCACACCACAAUACAUCAAUCCCUUUGAAGUCCUUUCCCCAAUUGCAACGCACAUGCCGGGCUUGGAUGGGUCUCUUUAGACACCUGUUCACUCACCAUCUCUCCGAUAGCGUAACAGCACUGCAAAUUUUCACGCACUGUUGGCACCUAUGAGGCAGACUGGAAUUACCAAUUCUGGUUUAUUUUCCCUCUCAGUCAGGCCUACCCAAGUCCCAGCCCGUGAAGAUUUUGCAUUUGGCCCAGGGUUGUGCUAAUAACGGAUCCCAAGACCGCACAGGUUGAGUCUCAGACUCACUCCCUCAGCUGCGAUCGAGUAUAUUGAAGUACGCGACUCCUCGACUGCCUAUACAGAACCAAAAAUUGGUAUUGUGUUCUGGAAUGCCACUUCGGCUUUCAUGCUGUCAUGCACUACGUCAUACUCAACACUUACUGUCUUCCAUAUCUUGCAGUCUGGAAGGCUUUCGAGGUCUUUACCGUGGCCUUGCGCCCCAACUCGUCGGCGUGGCCCCGGAAAAGGCGAUUAAACUCACAGUGAACGACUUCCUUAUCGACUUCUUUCGCACACCGAACGGUGAGAUCUCGCCGCUGGCGGAGAUCAUCUCGGGUGGUUGUGCCGGUGGAUGUCAGGUCCUCUUCACAAAUCCUCUCGAAAUUGUGAAAAUCCAGCUCCAAGUAGCCGGCGAAGUCUCCAAUGUUUUGCGACCUUCGGCAAUUCAAGUGAGUUAACACAGACAGGCAAACCCGACUGACUUUCUUCUAUUCGUAUUACUUUAUGGAAUGAUUCGAUUAUUAAUUUGACCCAAUUACGAGAAACUCUGCGGGCUCGGUGGGAUUCGGACCCACGACGGCAAGGGCAGGGCUUGAACGCGGCCAACACUCUAGCCACCUGAGCCACGAGGCCCCAAUGAUAGCCGUGAGUCUAAUCACAUUUGGGUCAAGUUACCCGCCCAACCCACCGCAGCGAAUGAAAUCCUCCAAUUCUGAUACCGUAAGCCGACUGCCUAAGCAUGAUUUCCUAAGCAAUCAUUCUAGAGUCCGCCGGGUUUUUCACAAUUGGGUCAAAUAAGCUACUCAAAUCUGUCAAAAAUACCAAUUCAUUCGAUGAUUGUUUCCUCUCAGAUAAAGUUGGAAGAGAAGCACAUUGCAGCAGUCAUUCCUUCAGGUUUGUCCUCUUGCCCAUUCUAAAGUGGCGAAUGUCGACCAUGUAAGAAGGCCUCCUCGGCCAUUGCCCUUUCGUCAUUAAGGUCCCACUCGUAGGCCAAGCGUGACCUUUGACCUUCCUCCUAUCAUAUCCCCACGCAUCUCCAUGACCAGUCACGACCGAUACCGUGUACUCCGCGGCCGACUAGACUACUCUUGGUGCCAGCCAACACAGCAAUUACGACUUUGCGGUCCAGAGUUGGGAUGUGGUUGUCUGAGGACUUCAAAUAGGCCAGCAGUGUCUUUCAGUUUACCUUGCUUUGUGGAUAACUUGCUCGGUUAUUCAUUGCUCGUUUCUGUUCAAUCGCUUGCGAGAGCUCUAGGUCGGAGCCUCAACGCAAAACGGGAUUAUUUGUAUUCCUUUGCGCGAUUUCUGAUAAGUAAAUGAGCGCUAAUUUAAUGCAUACUGUCUGUCCGUUUCAGUUCGUUUUAGGGACCAGCGGUUCGAGUUCCUAAAUCAGUGAGGUGUGACUUGUCUACCAACGUUUUCAGGUGCAUUUCUAGUAUUUUUCGGCCUUCCAAUUUUGCAUGUACAGACUCAGUUGCUUCAUUGUCCUCAUUGUGUGAUUCCCUAGAUAGCCAGCAUGUUUUCGGCGCAUGUGCAGUUUUCCUUGUUUGGCUGCAUAGAGGAGUGCCCAUGCGUCGCUGUUUUGGAAUGCUGCAUGUUUAGGAGUUAUUACUUUACUUAUUUGUUCGUCCCACUAAAUGUUGCGUUGUUUUAGUGACGUGUUCGGUGGUAGUCGCCUAUCACUGGCUAAAUUAUGCUCAGGCUGACUAGUUUUGGGAGAAUUUCAACUGACAUUUGCACGACUACCUCAUCCUAUGUCUUGCUUUGCAUUUCGCACCGGUUUAAUUGGUAUAUUCUGAUCUGCAAUCUUGGCUUGAUCAUACUGGGUUGACCUGGUUUGAAACGUCUCCCCUGGUGCGACUAUUGUAGAUUGUCAGCCGCUUGGGCCUGUUUGGACUCUACAGAGGCUCCAGUGCUUGUUUCCUCCGCGACAUCCCCUUCUCGGCCAUCUACUUCCCCGCCUACGCACACCUGAAGCAACUAUUUGCUGACGCUCAGGGGCACACGGGCCCACCGGGCCUCCUUUUUGCUGCCACCCUGGCCGGCGCGCCUGCGGCCGCGUUCGCCACUCCCGCAGAUGUGGUGAAGACUCGGUUACAGGUGUGGUUUCCAUUCUCCCCUCCCCCCCCCCACAUCCUCCCCGACCUCUAUAUUUUUUGUAAUCGGUACAGCUAUGAACAUGCUUGAUCUAGCCGACCUCGAUGGUGUCACGCAUUGUACCUCUCCACUCGUGACGCUAGCGGCUCUAGGCAGCUCGACCAAUUCUCUUCCUCAACGACGACGACCGAAUACUGAGAGUUCAAGAACCAUCAUGUCGUGAAUUAUGUCGAGCCGCAUUUUGAAUUGACCUCUUCAAGGCAUCCAGACGGACAGCGGCGUGAACCGGGGCAGCAACACUGAGUUCGUAAAGCCAAAGACAGAAAACGUGGUCAAACCAUUCCCGUCAUCUUCCCUGGGUGAUCUCAGAAACCCUUGCGAUAUUAUCACGGCGAGUACGGGCUGUUUAAUUCGAGACAACGUCGGUGUAAUUCACUCGAAGAAGAGUCCUCAGGCAGCGGUAGACAAACCUCCAAUUUUCGUUUAUCUGCGAUGCGAACAGCCCUGCAUUCACAGCUGUAGAGGAGGACGGAUGCCUAAUACAUGCAGAUCCUUGCUGUGAUGGAGAUGGAUCGCUCGGGUAGUGUUGUGCUUUGGCCAGAAUCGGGAGUCUGCCUUUGUCUUCGCAUGCAUGACCACCUAGCGGUUGGGCUUUCCACGUCCUACGGUUACUUUGUUAUUUGGUAGAAAGUAGUGUCUUGCGGACACGACCCUGAUCGCAAGUACUUUUGGGAGUCAGCCGAGCAGAUCACACAAAAAUCAGGGUGAUCAUCCCCGGUCAUCCUUAAAGUAGCCGCGAAUAUCUCCUGAGUUUUCCAAAAUGGACGGUAGACCCAGUUAUGUGAACUGACUUCGAAUUUUUCUGGUACUCGGACUGGGCAUCAGGAAAUUUGUGGGGCUUUUCGAGCUUCGCAGGCCGCACCCAUUUAGUAGUCGUAUCUAACCUGAGCCCCGUUCUCCGUUGCUACUUGAUGAGGUGCAAAAGUGAAGGACGAAUUGACGUCGGGGCGGUAUUGAAGCACAAGUCGAACACUGACUGGAUCGUUUUGUGAAAUCGACAGCUUUUCACUGGUUUCCCUCAAGCUCGCUCUGAACUAUCAUUACCGUGUGUCUGCUCACUUUAUUAGGUAUUUUGCCAUCAAUGUUUGAUUUGAAAACCCCGCUCAUAACCUCCAAGCGUCCGCCCAAACACUCAACUUUUUCUUUUGCCCGUAACUCCUGUACCUACAGGUGUUUCCUCGGCCCGGGCAGACCACGUACACCGGCAUCCGACACGCCAUCGUCACAAUCUGGUCUGAAGAGGGUGGUCGCGCCUUUUGGAAGGGUGCAACGGCUCGUGUACUCCGCUCCAGUCCCCAGUUUGGCGUCACCCUGCUCACCUACGAGAUGCUGCUACGUCUAUUCCCUGUGAAAUUUUAA